AUGCCGACGGCGUCGACGCGACGGACGACGGGCGCGGUGACGCGCGCGCGUGGACGGACGGCGCGACCGCGAUCGUCCACAGUGCCCGCGCCCGAGGGUUCGGAGGUGACGAUCGCGUUCGAUGGGGUGGCGGUGAAGAAGUGGUUCGCGCGCGCGACGGAGGCGCCGUGGGACGCGACGGCGGCGACGUGGCGCGAGUUCUUCGCGUUGAAGUCGAUCGGUGCCGUCGUGGAGGUGGAUAACGAUCGAGAGACGGUGAACGCGACGGAGGUGGAGAGUCAUGGAUUGAAUUUUCCGUCGUGUAAGGCGGAGGCGCUGGCGCGGGCGAAGGCGAAUACGGUUCGAUUUCGACAGAAUUAUCUCGUCAUGGCGGCGGCGGCGGCUCUCAUCGGAUGCGAGUGCGCGGCGUUUGGGCUGGCGUUGACGCUGUUUUACGUUCACUUGGCGGCGACGAGCGAUAAAAUCUUGGGCGAGCUCGAGCUCGGGACGAGAGGGGCGCUCAAGUGGAACGCCGAGGUGGUGGCGGGCGUCCCGCGCAAGCGUCUGCGUCGCGUGACGCUCGCGUCGGCGAUUGUGUUGUUCUUGCUAUCCGACGCCACGGCAAACACGUACGCGGUCGUGCGUAGCGUGAUGUGGACCAGCGUUGUGGCGGUAAUUCACGCCAUGCUGCGACCGAUCGAUCUCAAGGGCACGCUCGCAAAUAUCGUGAAGGAGUUUCGAGCGGCGAAGAGCAAGGAAGAGCUCAAGGACGCGGCGCAGGCUGGUUUCAAUUCCAUGAAGGCUUGGAUCGGGGAAAAGGUCAAGCCAGAGAACGCCAAGCCGGUUUUCGUCGUGGAGAAGGGUGCGCGAAAGACCAACCGCACGGGCAACGAGGAGGAGGAACAAGCGAAGCGCGAAAAUCCAGACGGCGCCAUCGACGUGGACGCGAAGAAGGUUGAAGAAAACAAGUUUUACCUCCCGCAUGAUCGCGUCGAAGACGACACGUGA